UGGGAAGUGAGCGAGGGCUGGAUUGGGACAGAGUGGGCUGUUGAAAGGGACGCGUUGUGUAGCUGUUUAGAUAGUUUGUUAGCCGACUAACUAUUAUCCUUGUUUUCUGUCGUUUUUAAAGUCUUGAAGGCGUUUUAAAGUCGUAAUCUGGUCAGUGCGCUGUUUCGCGUUUGGCUGGUUGCUGGUCGUAGAGCGUAGGGAACAGAUAAGUAAACGACCGCACUCCUCGGAAUGAAGUGUGCACUACUGAGUCCCUCAGGAGCCCGGGUGGAGCUGUGUGAUGGACGCGCCCUGAUCCUGGGUCGGGGUCCUGAGUCUGGAGUGAAGGAUAAACAGUGUUCCAGACAUCAGGUCAAGCUUGUGGCUGACUUCUCCAAACAGGAAGUUCUUGUAACACAGCUUGGUCCUAACCCGUCGUCUCUGGACGGUCAGGCGCUGGGCCGGGGUCAGUCCGGAUAUCUCACCGCGAGCGGGACGCUUCACCUGGUGAAUCAGAGUCACCUGUUCACUGUGCAGUUUACCGGCACUGCCACUGGAGUCAGGGAUCACCUGAGCAGAGCAGCGGAGAAACCUGUGGUCAAGAGGAGCAUCCAGGACUUCUUUGGCUCCUCCCCUAAAAAGUCAACAAAAAGGCCAAUUAGCACAGAAGAGAACGUGUCCAGCAGUAAACGUGGACGUACUGAGAACUCAGAUGAGGAGGAGGACGAGGGUCUGGCAGAAGAGAAGCUCAGGCAGCUGCAGGAAAUGGCACAGAAAGUGACGCCUGGGUCUUCCCCUUUAAAACCAGCCACCGCUCCCACCACUGCGUCCUCGGCCUGCCCUCAGAGUCACUGGCAGCAAAUAGGCAACCUCAUGCUGUACACGGCUGCAGGCGUCACCGCGAGCUCCAAGAUCGCCGGGUUCGAUAUUGAUGGCUGCAUCAUCACUACAAAGUCAGGGAAAGUGUUUCCUACAGCUCCAGAUGACUGGAGGAUCCUUUUCCCAGAGAUACAGCCCAAACUGGCCUCUCUGUUAAAGAAAGGGUUCAAGGUGGUGUUUUUCACCAAUCAGUUGGGUAUUGCUCGAGGGAAGCUCAGACCUGAAGUGUUCAAGUCGAAGGUUGAGGACAUUCUUCAGACACUAAAACUACCUGUGCAGGUGUUUGUUGCUGCAGGUCCAGGUAUUUACAGGAAGCCUGUAAUAGGAAUGUGGGAACACUUACGCGAGAAGGCUAAUGAUGGAGUGACUGUAGACAAAUCCCAGAGCUUCUAUGUUGGAGAUGCUGCAGGGCGUCCUGUGAACUGGGCUCCAGGGAAGAAGAAAAAGGAUUUCUCCUGCAGUGACCGGCUGUUUGCUCUGAACCUUGGACUGAAGUUUUCCACUCCUGAAGAGUUCUUCCUGGGCUGGAAAGCUGCUCCCUACAACAUGCCAUCAUUUAAUCCAAGGGAGCUGGACUCAAAGGCUCGUCUCUAUGAUCCUCCUGAUGCCUCACUCACGUCUACCAGACAGGAAGUCAUAGUUGCUGUUGGGUUCCCCGGAGCUGGCAAAUCCACCUUCUUCCACACCCAUGUCAUCCCAAAGGGCUAUGUAUAUGUGAACAGGGACACACUGGGCUCCUGGCAGAACUGCGUGUCGGCGUGUGAGCGUGGUCUGAGGGAGGGCCGGAGUGUAGUCGUGGACAACACAAACCCUGAUGUUGAGUCUCGAAAGCGAUACGUAGACGUCAGUCGGAAAGCUGGUGUUCCCUGCCGGUGCUUCAACUUUACUGCCUCUCUGGAACAAUCAAAGCAUAACAACAGGUUCCGUGAGAUGGUUCCCUCAGCCACUAAGCAUGCUCCUGUCAAUGACAUGGUGUUUCACAGCUACAAGAAUAAAUUUGCAGCUCCUUCUCUGUCUGAAGGCUUCUCUGAAAUCCUGCAGAUCCACUUUGUGCCUAGUUUUUCAGACAGUCGAUCUGAGGCUCUUUUUAGGCAGUUUUCAGAGGGUUGAGGUCAAUCGCAGGACAAAAUCCCACAGAUUGAUAUCCAGUACCUUUGGACUUUACAUCCUAAACAGAAUUGUGAUUAUAAUAAGUAGGUUUAGACAAUGUAAGUGGCUAGAGAAACAUAAUUGUCUAGUAUAUGAUCUAUGGGAAUAUAAAUCUAUGAGAUCAAAAACUGAAUCACCAGGGAUGUGUUGAACUGUGUUGAAUGGACGCCUACUGAAAUUCUUUGCUGCUAAGAACAAAAAAAAGAAAAUGAAAAAAUAAUAAUUGAAGGGUAUGUUUACUUUGGUUAUAAAUAUUACAUUGUAUUAAUUAGCAUGGAACAUUUUUUUACUUGUUGUUUGGUAAAGCAGACCAAUAAAAAUAUUUUGACUCAUU